UUUUGUUGUAACCGAAAAGUGACUAAGCGUACUAAUUAUUUCGAACUGGCUUAAGUCGUUGGAAAAUUGCAAUUUUCAGGCGGGAAAUGGGAAUUAUUAUGGUUGGAAGUGGCUGGUUCAUUUGCAAAUCUCUUUAGCUUUCUAGCUGCAUAAAGCAAGAUGAAAGCUUGUUUAAUUUGGUUGUGUUGCAUCAUUGUUCUGCUAUCGGCUUGUCUCGUUCACAGCUCAAACCUCACGAGAAUAAAUCGAUUCAAACGCACUCUGCUGUCUAUAUAUCGAGUAAGAUGCACCAAAGAUCGUGUUUGGACGCCUCACAAUCGCUGUCGCCAGUGGCAUAAUGAAGAGAGAACAAAGAUCCCACGUAUUCCCACAGCUGUUCACACAACAAUUCUGUUGCUGAUCACGAAAAACUAAAGAUUCUCAGCUAUAUAUGUGCACAUGAGGACACACAAACACUCACUCAUCUGUCAACAUCAGUAUGGAAGUCUACAAGCUGUCUUUUCUCAUCGCUUUGCUGGGGGGAGUUAUCCAACUGACUCUCGCCCAGACCAGGGACUGCUCCGGCACUUGUAUUUCCAAUGUACGAUGCUCGCCCUACUUCAAGGAUCUUGUCUGGACAGUUGUGAAUGGUGCAUGUCGUGUCUAUCAAAAUGGUUGUAUCUUUGGAAACGAAAACUGCUCGAGGGCCAAUCAAUGCUUGCCACCUUUGGUUGCCACCUCUCAGGCGAAGUGUAAGGAGUUUUGCCAGAGACUCUGCCCUCGAGCGGGUGUACAAGUUUGCGGAUGGUUUCCCUAUAGCGACAGCGCCGGUCGAUACAUGUCCUUCCCCAAUUGUUGUCUGUUGGAUCAAUAUGCCUGCCAAAAUUCUCAGGCCUAUGUAGGUGAACCAAUCCUGGGACCCUGCCCCCUUCACACCAUGGCCAUUUGAUGAAGAAAUGAAGUAAAGGUUCACAAAUUAUUUAGAUAGAAUUCCAAUUCAUUCGUGGUUGCAAGUCAGUUCAUUAAGAGAGCAUAAUAAGCAAAACAAGUAUCGCAGCUGUUUACACAGAACUUCUGUGAGUUUCAUUAUACAUGGGUCUGAAGAU